CUACGCUUCAUCCAGUAUCGACUUGCUUCUGACACCCUUCGAUAAUAAUCCUCGUGAUGACGAGUCUAUCCGCUUACUGGCUACCCGCACAAGACUGACUAUCCUGUGCCCGAAGCGUGCUUAUUUGUUCAACACAAUAAGUAAACACUACACAGAAGAAACCCCGCUCGCGUGAGCAUCUUCGAACAAAGUCCCAUAACUACUACUCGGUUCGGUGUUGGACACUCGAUAUCUGUCGAAACACCCACCAACUUCCUCACCCAACUCCAGGGUAGGGAGAUGCCCCACUAGCACGGAUCUCGCUUAGCAUCCGCCGCUAGUCCUCAUGUGGGUUCAUACAUAUGCAAAAAUUCUGGCUCUUUUCCUUUCUCUCUUCUUCACUACGCAACAUCGUCUCCUCGACGGUGCCGGUAACAUCCAAAACUGGCGCCACGAUCAUCUCAGUCUUCCCACAGUUGGUCACCACUUGAAGGGGAGGCCGUUGCUAGACAAUAUCGCCGCUCGUUUGAGGGAGGCCAUACGCUUUUGUGUGGUGGUUUCCUAUGGUUUUUUCGUGGCUACAUAUCUCCGUGUCCAAAUUCUCGUGAUGUUUUCCUUGAUGCUCAACCAUGAAUCACAACUCUGGCCAACCAUUGAGACACAGUUCAUUAUUGUGACACCUGAAGCUUGACGAUGCCAAGCCUUGAAAGUAUAGCCAUCGAGUCUUUAGGAGCGCCUCUCUGACGGUCACACCUCCAAGCGAAGCGAUGUACGCCGAGUGCUGGCUCGCAGUGUUGUAUCUCCCAUAAGACAUCUAGUAGUAUCCGGUUCCAGUAGCAUGAUCAGGUAUCAUUGAGACCACCUUUCUCUCUUGAGAAAUCCCGAGCGUUAUCCGCGUUGCUUCGUUGCUUCGAGGCAGAGAAGGUAGCAACUCUAAUUGCCACGUCACAAGAUAACAGAAUGUGAUUUUCAGUCUGGGAAGGGACUGAGCCAUAGUUAUGUACGCAAAGCUGGAAGAUCUACUUAGGUAGGUAGAUGACAUGGUUGCAUUAGAAGGACAUAUAAGAUGUAGCAGCAGACACAAUGGUUGCUUUAGAGUGAACUCAUCCUGCAAAACUACUCUUGUCGGCCUCUCGGCAACCACUAUUACCAUGAUCACCAGGGCACUCGAGGGUGUUUUGGCAACGGUGUCGGUAUCCGGAGUGGGUUGACUAGCAAGACCUCGGCCGAAGAGAAGAGGGUUGCUUGUGACAAACUCGAAAGACAUCAGGAUCGAGUCGAUGAUAUGGAUGUAAAGGGGAAGAGGUAAGGGGUAGCAAAUGAUAUUUCAAGAACAUUUAUUUUCCGUUGGCUCUAACUUAGUCGUGGCCGUAACAAUCAUAGACUCCAAAGUUUGCCCCCAUGUUGAGUUGUCCCCAUAUACCACACGUUUAAUACUUUGACUCGC